CGGACGAUUAAACGUCCUUCUUCUAAACUAGUGCUAAGAAAAAAAAGAACAUUACAAAGGAUGCAGAGGAGUAUAAGAAGGUAGUAAAAUCCAGCUGCGACGGCAGUUGUAAAUGAUAAGACUCAACUGUCUGUAGGUAACACUUCAAGUAGGGGAGAAGGAGCGAAAACCAAAUCAAGAUGAAACGUUUCCUAAUUGCAGUAUUUUGGGUGACUUUAGCUGCUGUCAGAGCUUCUCCAAAUCCUGCAAAAGCCUCAGUCGAAGCUAAAGCAAGUUUAGGAAUUGAUGCAGAUAUCAGCAUUGAUGCCGAUUCUUCCAUAUAUGAUGGUCCGAUUGAAUGGGAUGAUAACUGUGAUUGUAAUUUAGAAGAUAAUGACUACUACGACGAUAUUUUGUACAUGCGAAGGCGUUAUCAGGAUUUCGCUGCCGUAAGAGACUUCGAAAAUUACGUCAAAAGAGAAGUGGAUGCUUGGAGAAGACAUUUCUUCUCUGCAGGUGCAGAUAAUCAGACUACCUUGUUUGAGAAUGAACAAGCAUUCCAAAGGCUCCGUUUGAGACCGCGUAUCCUUCGAGGUGUGGGUGUCAGAGAUACAACAUCACAGUUGCUAGGAGACGAUGCAUCAUUCCCCCUCGGCAUUGCACCUAUCCCCCUCCUAGAAUAUGCAGAUCCCGAUGGAGAGAAUGGUGUCGCUGAAGCCGCGGAAUGCGAAGGAGUCCCUUACAUUGUCAGCGCAUUCUCCAGCACCGAUCUGGAAGAAAUUGCAGCCAGAGCCCCUCAUGCUAACUUGUGGAUGGAAACCUUCAUCUUCUUCGAUCGCUCUAUCACCCAGAGCAUCAUAGAAAGAGCUGAAGCAUCUGGAUACAGAGCAAUCGUCGUCACUGUUUCCCUGCCCGAGGAUGGCAAUAUAGUGCCAACAGUAAGAGAUAAUCCAGUCUUGCCUGAUUACAUUCAUCUCCCUAACAUUGAAAAUGAUGAAUCCAAUGAGAACUUUGUCGCUGAGGUUUCAGCCGGUGCUGAUCGCCCUUACCUGCACAGACAUCAUAUUCUUUCACAGAUUGAACUGGUAAAAGGAAAAGGCUACUUCAAAACUGAAAAAGUCGAUCAGAGAUACGAAAGGACAUCGCAGUGCAUUGGAUCUUUUGGUUUGGCAGACUAUUUCAAUUAUUUAAUAGAUCCAGAGCAAAGCUGGGAUGAUAUUCGCUGGAUCAGGAAGACCACAAACUUACCUAUUGUUGUCCGUGGUGUAUUAACUGGUUGUGAUGCGAUUAGGGCUGUUGAAAAUGGAGCUAAUGCAAUCAUCGUAGACAACAUAGGAGGCCGAGGUUUAGACUCAGCUCCGCCAGCCAUCGAAGCUUUAGCUGAAGUCCUUGAAGCUGUUGACGUUUACCAGAACGUUGAAGUCUUCUUGAGUGGCGGAGUACGCUGGGGUACUGAUGUCUUCAAGGCUUUAGCCAUGGGAGCUGAUGGAGUCUUCAUCGGGAGACCAGUUUCAUGGGGAAUGUUACAUAGUGGUAAAUGUGGUGUAAGACGAGUUUUACAAGUUCUCAGAAGAGAAUUUGAAAGAGACAUGGGUCUAAUGGGAGUGAAACACGUCGAUGAGAUCACAUCUACCAUGGUGGUCACAGAGAACUAUUACAGACACCGAUACAGGCCAAACGAUGUAGAUGGAAGAACCAGUGCACGUGAAGAUAGAUUGGAAUGCCCUUUCGGCUACGAUUACGAUGAAGAUUUUGAUCCUUCUUUGGAAGACGUCAUCGAACUAAGACCUCGUUAUGGGCCAAGACUUCCAAAUAAUUACGGCAUCUCCCCUCCAAUUCUUCCCAACUUUUAAUUAAUUAAACCUGCAUCAAGAUCUUUUUUUCUCUAACACCCAACAAAUUAUAUAUCUUAAAAUAACAAUUUAAAUUUUUGGUCUGUUAAUAUUUUGAAAAAAUUAUAAAACAUGUAUUAUAUCUUUUAAUAUAAUUAUUUUCGACCAGUACUUUAUUCAAGUAUUUUUAUUAGUAAUUACAUGAGAAUGUCAAAGUUGCCUGAUUAAUUUAUACAACACAAAUUACACAAUUGUUAUAAAUUCUUUUUUUGCUAAAAUUAACUACUGUAAUCAAUUUUUAUUUAGACAGAAUUUUAUUUACUUUUUAGUCAAAAACAAAUCAUAAAAAUGUUUCUUUAUCUUGUGCUUUUUUUUUUUCUGGUUUUGUAAAUGUAUAGAAACGGGUGUAUAAAAUAAAAUGUAGAGUCAGAAUUUAAAAAUAAAAUUUGUAUGGUUUCUUUUUAUUCUAAACUACUGCAGAAUAUCUUCUUCAGUUUCAUUAAGUAGGGUCUAAAUCAUUACUUGUGUGCAUUUAAAGUAUUGUAAUUUAAGAAUAUUUGUAAUUUCUUGAAAGAAGAAAUAUAAUAUUAGGAAAUGAGAACAUUACUUAAAUCUCAACUAAAGUCCCAGUUAUUCCUCAUUUAUAAUAUUAUGUAUAUCGGUGUUGUAAAUGAUUGGUAUUAUUGUACAGAAAUGUUUUUGGAAAUUGGUUGACUGAUUUGAAAGCUGAUGAGAAUAUUUUCCUAAACUAUGAAGCACGUAUUUGGUUAACAUCUUUCCAGGGUUUUAGCUUCUCUCCUGGCUAUAAAUUGUUAUAUAGUGACGAAUUUACUGCAAAAGUAUGUAAAAUAAACAUUUAUGACAUAGUUGAAAA